UAAAUGUAGAAAUAUGUGUGUAAGCAUUUAAAGGUAUACUUUCUUUUUAAAAGACUUUUUAUUUUAUUAAUUCAGUAGAUGAUUGACUGCCUUCCAUGUUAGAAUACAAAUACAAUAAAACAUUUUUGUCCUCAAGGAAUUCACAAAAGGAAGGAAGCAUGCAAACAAUGGCACCAAAGGAAUAAAGGAAAAACCACUCUGGGACCAUAAAGGAUGUGGCUACUGUUUGGGCAAAGAGGGAUAGAUGAGAUGUGCCAGGUCUUCCUCAAGAAGGGAAGUCCUUGAACUGAUCUAUGAAGAGUAUUUUAUGGAUUAAUUCUUCAUUGAUUACAUACAACAGCAAUAGAGUUAUGGCGACCUUCCAGACUUUGAGAAACAGUCACAUGAAGACUAGAACAUCUGUCAGAAGAAGCUUCAGUGAAGAUGUGUUCCAGUCUGUCAAGUCUUUAUUACAGAGUGAGAAGGAACUAUGCAGUAUAUCAGCAGAGGAUUGCUUAAAGCAGGAUGAACAUGCCAAUCUGACUGAGGUCACAUUUCUAGGUUUUAAUGAAGAAACAGAUGCUGCUCAUAUUCAGGAUUUAGCUGCAGUUUCUUUGGAACUUCCAGAUCUUCUGAAUUCACUGCACUUCUGCAGUCUAAAUGAAAAUGAAAUUAUUUGUAUGAAGGAUAUAAGUAAAUCAUCAGAUACAAACAGUGGUCCUCUAAGUCAGAGUCAGCAUUCUGGAAUGCUCUGUGUCAUGAGAGUGUCACCUACAUUGCCAAGACUCAGAAUUGAUUUCAUCUUUAGUCUCCUAAGUAAAUAUGCUACUGGUAUAAGAUAUACCCUGGACACGUACUUGCAUCAGAAGCGCCAACUUGAGACUGCUAAGGAAGAUGAUGAUGACACCAAUCAGUCCGUGUCUUCCAUAGAGGAUGAUUUUGUCACUGCUUUUGAGCACUUAGAGGAAGAAGAGAUCUCAAAGCCAUGCAAUGAUGGAAUAAAUAUUACCGCACUAAAGAGCCAGUGUGAUGCUGCUUCUCAGACUUCUUCUGGUCACCAGGUAGAAACCCAUGAUUUAAGGAUUCUCGUCAGCUCUGGGAGGCAGAAGUCAUUGGCUAAACCUUCAACUUCCUUAAUAAAUAUUCUGGGACAUAAAGAACUACCUUCUGUGAAAACUUCAGUGACUACAUUAAUUACUGAGCCCUGGAUCCAAAAGAGUUUCUAUAGGUCAUGUAAUGCUUCAGAUAAAGGUGGUAAUGCACAGAAAACAUUUUUUUCUUCUUCGCCUGCCUACUCCUCUGAAUCUGAAUGCUCCAGUCCAAGUCCUGUUAUUUUCUUGGAUGAAGAGGGUUAUCAGAAAAGUUUAAAAGCAAAACUUGAGUUACCUAAAAUUCCUGUGAUGAAAGAUGAUAUAGAGGAUUCGGACUCAGAAGUGAGUGAAUUUUUUGAUAGUUUUGAUCAGUUUGAUGAACUUGAGCCAACUUUAGAGACUUCCUGUCCUUUUCCAAAAGAUCCUGUCCUAGGAAAGACAUCACAAAAGAAAGGACACAAACAUGAAAAAUCUUGCUCUGUAACCACUGCAAUGAAUCCUCAAAAAUUCAAGUUUGAUCGUCCAGUCCUCCCGGCUAAUGUUAGAAAGCCAACUCCUCGUAAGCCAGAAUCCCCUUACAGCAACCUGUGUGAUGCUCCAGAUUCACCACGCCCAGUGAAGGCAUCAGGGGAGGACAGCGGCUUGUUUAGCCCUGUUCGAUCCUCGGCCUUUAGUCCUCUUGGAGGCUGUCCUCCUGCUGAGUGUUUUUGCCAAACAGGUAUCAGUGGAGCUCGGCUUCAUGAGAGUCAUGAUUCUCUUUAUUACACCUAUGAGGAUUAUGCCCAUAGCAUUUCAUGUGAGGUGCUGAGCUCUGUUCUUCAUACCCAGCACCCUGACAUAACCCCAGACACGAAGAGUAUUAAAAAAGGAGAAAAUAAAACCAUAGCUCUGAAGAGCGAAAGCCUUGAGCCAAAAAGUAAAUCUAACAAUAAAUCCUUGAUGAUUAAAGAUAGCAUUCAGAAAUUUGCAUCUGAUCUUGUGGAAAAAAGUUUGGGCAGUGCAUUUAAAGACUUACAGAAGGGAGUCUCUUCAUGUACCAACGCGUUGUGUCACUUAGCCAUCAAAUUGACGUCCUCCAUUUUUCAGGUGGCAUUUAAUGAACUGAGAAGGCAGUGUGCGUUUUCACUGAGAGAACGUGCCAUCAGCGGGCUGGCUAAUUUUUUGGUGAGUGAAGCUUUAGCAAGUGCUUUACAGGAUUUACAAUACGUAAAAAAGCAGAUAUUCACUAACACGGUUGCUAGGUUUGCUGCAGAUCUUGCCGAAGAGCUUGUUUUUGAAGGCAUCAUGGAAGUGUGUCAGUUUUCCUAUCCUCCAACACCCGCAUCUCCACAGUGGUGGUCAUCAGACUGUGAGGACAGAGUAGUGAAGUCCUAUGCAAAAGACUUAUCUGAGUCUGUUAUACAGGAAGCAUUUAUUGAGCUUUCGCAAGUUGAUGUGACCUUCACGACCAAGGCAGCAGUUAGUGUUUCUACAGAUAACAUAAAAUGUGUGAGCACAGAAAAUUUAAUGCCAUCGACACAGACUUCCAUGUUUUCCCCUGCUUGGAACAAUCAGACCGUAACAGCGACAAGACCCAUGCAGGACUAUAAAAAGGAGUACACAGUACAGCAGGCCUUGUUUUGUACAUCUGGAGUUGUUACUUCUAUACCAGUGCCCUUGGCAGGAAGUGCCCUUCUCCCAUACCAUAUUUCAUCUAACAUUUAUCAGGCGAAGUCUCUUCGGUCAUCUGAUGAUAGUAAUUUGAAUGGCGAUUUUACCCAGACACACGUUACCACAAAAAGCAAAGAAGAGGAAGUAGCAUGUCUCAGAAAUAUUUGUUUACCCUCAGACUACAAUCCAGGUAACCAGAAAGAAUUUAAACCAACUAAUGAUGAUAUCGAAAUGCAGAGCUCUUCAAAAUUAACAAGUGAUCCUGUGAUUAUUAGCAACUUUUCCACCUCAGUAGUGCACACGAUUGUAAAUGAAACAUUAGAGUCAAUGACAUCCUUCAAAGAUACAAAAACCAUUGAUGAACACACAGAUUGUGUAACUCUAGCAGUAAAGGGAAAACCCCUUCCCUUCCACUCUGAUCAAGCAACACUGCAACAGAGCGAAGCUAGCAAUGAGGACAUGUUUGCCGAUCAGUUAUCUAAAACUAUUAUUAAACAUUCCAUAGAUAAAAGCCAAUCAACCAUCCCAAGUGUAGAUAAAAAUGCCGGACCCAAAGAAAGCUUGCUUGUUUCCAGAGAAGAGUCACAGUUGACCUUGGAAAAGUUCCCCAAAUUUCUUGACGCUCAAGAUCACUUAACCCACUGUUCACUUUCAGCAGGAAAGGAUUGUGCUCCCAAAUGUAAAUGUUCUUCGGCUCAUGGCUCUUCUGUAGAGACACUCCCACCAUGUCCAAUAACUGCUGGUCAGAAACCCGAUGUGAAGGAAGCUGCUAAAGACAAACCUGUGACAAAGCAUAAUGUGAAUAAUACAGCACUUGAGCCCUUGUCUUUUGGGCAAGAGCACCCUUUUCCUCAUUCACAUACUUUCUCAUCCACAGUGCUUCCAUGUGUAGAUGGUUUGCAUGUAGAAGACAAACAGAAAAUUAGAGAUAGAAAUGUAAUACCUGAUACUCCUCCCUCCACUCCUCUCGUACCAUCCCGGGCUGGUUCUGAAUGGGACAUCAAGAAGUUAACGAAAAAACUCAAGGGGGAAUUAGCAAAAGAAUUUGCACCUGCUACACCUCCCUCUACACCACACAACUCAUCUGUGGGCAGUUUGUCUGAAAAUGAACAAAAUACCAUAGAAAAAGAAGAGUUCAUGUUGAAACUCAUGCGAUCUCUUUCAGAAGAAGUUGAAAGUAGUGAAGAUGAAGGGCAUCCGGAAGUGGAUGUGAAGCCUGAGCACUCAGGGAAGAAAGUUCAGUUUGCAGAAUUGUUAGCUACCCACAUUGUGUCUCUUGCCACGGAAAUGGCGGCUUCCCACCUGGAUAAUAAAGUCAUUCAAGAACCCAGGGUGAAAAGCCCUUGCUUAAAUGCACAAAGUCAAAGCAGUGUGUCACCUACUGUUUUCAAUCGCUCGGAUUUACAAACAUUACGCAAUUUUGCAGGUGAUCUGGCCGCGGAAGUCAUUACGGAAGCUGAGAAGAUAGCAAAAGUUAGAAGUUGUGUGCUUUUCAGGCAAAGAAAGAAUAGUUGUUACAUUGACGGGGGCCGAGAUGAUCGAUCAGAAGAGAAGCUGGAUAGAGAGGCUGUAGCCCACUCAAGAGAAGUGGAACCAUUCAUUCUUUCGUUACCACCAGGCUCCUGUAUGUCCGGUCUGACCUACAAGUAUCCCAGCUGUGAAAGCGUGACAGACGAAUAUGCGGGUCACAUUAUCCAAGUGCUGAAACAGGAAGGCGGCAAUAGUGAGUUGUUAAUGGACCAGUAUGCCAACAGACUUGCUUAUCGGUCUGUUAAGUCAGGAUUGCAAGAAGCCGCUAAGACAGCCAAAAUGAAGUGCAGCUCAAGAAUGUUCCCCAUGCAGAGCUCACAGGUGAAGACCAAGAAUGAACUGUUCAUAUUCUUGAAUAAAGAACACCACCGAGAAGCAGAUAAAGAACGGCCAAGUAAAAGAAACGGAGGUUACCUUUGUAAAAAUCAAACUGGUGAGUGGACGCAGGACACACAUAAAAAUGAGUGCUCUGAACUGUAUAGUUUUUCAGCUUCUCUUGCUCACAGCAUAACAAGAGAUGUUACAAAAGAGCUGACAGCAUCUGCAGGUGGCUUGCCAAAAUCCUUAACAGAUUCUUGCCUUUAUGAAAAGUCUGGACGUGAUGAAGACACCAAGUCUCACAUCGAGCCAGAAUUUCUUCAGUCUCUUCAGCCUUCCUCACAAAGUCACAGAUUUUAUCACAGUACAGGCAGCUUAAGUGGGUCUGGUUAUGGAGAGAGUGUUGUUCAAGCUAUAGAGCAGUAUGCCAAGAAGGUAGUGGAUGACACUUUAGGGCUCAGUUUAGGAUCCAAAGUUUUCCAUGGGUCUGAGUCCACAAAAGCAGCCGAUAGGGUCACUUAUGCAGAAAAGUUGUCACCUCUUAUAAACCAAGCUUGCAGAUACUGUGACCGUAAAGAACUACACGAUUGCACUGGAAAUUCAUCUCUGCACACUUCCAGACAGGAUUCACUUGCUAGUAGUAAGCCAGUUUCUAAUUCAAAACUUAGCAAUAUCUGUCAGGAAUCUAGAAUUUUCCAUCUUGAUGUCCCACAAAUUCAUGUUGGUCUUGAUAAGAAGACAGUGCUUGCUGAGAAGAUCGUUGCGGAAGCUAUUGAGAAAGCAGAGAGAGAGCUGAGCAAUACCAGCUUGGCGGCUGAUAGCGGAAUUGGACAAGAUGGCGUUAGCUUUGCUGAGAGCCUUACCACAGAAAUAAUGACGUCAGCAAUGACAAAUGUUGGACGUGCGGUCAGCAGUCCAAAAGAAAUAGAAGAGUUUCAGUCAACUGAGUCUUUUGGCAGCCAGCAGAUGAAUCUCAGCAUUGGUGAAGACAGCACUGGCAGCUGGUCCAAUUUAAGUUUCGAAGAUGAGCAUCAGGAUGAAAGUAGCAGUUUUCAUCACCUAAGUGAAAGUAAUGGUAACAGCAGUAGCUGGAGCAGUCUUGGUUUAGAAGGAGAUUUGUAUGAGGACAAUUUAUCCUUUCCAACAUCAGACAGUGAUGGGCCAGAUGAUAAAGACGAAGAUCAUGAGGAUGAUGGAGAAGGUUUGGGGCAAGACAGAAAGAUCCUGCUCAUUACAAAUAUCGACAUGGAGCCGUGUGCAGUAGACCCCCAGCUGAGGGUUAUUCUUCAGUGGCUUGUUGCUUCAGAGGCCGAAGUGGCAGAACUUUACCUUCAUGACUCUGCAAAGAAGGAAUUCAUACAACUCUCCCGACGAUUACAAGAGAAGGGAUGGAAGGUGGGGGACGUCCUGCAGGCCGUGUUGCGGUACUACGAAGUGCGGGAGAAGCCGGGCACCCAGGAGAGCUGCCAGUCCCUGUUUGACUGGCUCUUGGAAAACGCGUAGUACAGCCCUGCAGCUGGUACAGUCUACCGUCUGGGGAGAGGAAGAAGCAGUGACAGAUGCAGAGGGUAAACUUUGAAUAUGAACACUGAUAGUGAACUGGGAGGGAAAUAGAGCUUUUUCUGCGCAUUCAGCCAUCCCACGUUGUAUAUAGUUCAUACUUUUGUAAUCUUUGUCAGAUAUUACCUUCAUCACUAUUCUCUACACCUGUGUAGUGUGUUAAGACCCUAAGAACAUUGAUUUGAAUGAAGGAAGUUGUGACCCUGAGGUUUUCAGGAACAUUGACUGACAGCAUUCUUUUUUGCAUCCAAAUAGUGCUGCUACAGACCACACUGAGGUGGCUGAGGGGAGGCUCCAGGGACAGACUUCUCAUUUUGCUCCUUUGCAAAACAUGCUAUUCUGUUGAGAACUAACCUGACAAAAGAGCUUUGAGGUCAAUGGGUUCCCCACCCCCGCCAUAGAAUUUCUCUCUUAUAUUUAGAAGUCAAUUUUAUUUUCAUAGCUCAGCUAUCAGUAGCUUUUUGAAUCCCCCAAAAUAUUUAAUUUCCUAGAAACAUAUUAGUAUUUUAGGUUUCUAUAGAUACCAUCAAUGAUAGUUUCCCCAGCCUUUCAGCAAAUGACAUUAUUUGCUAAUGUUGCCAAUCUAUCUGGCAUGAAAUUUGUGUGUGUGUAUGUGUGUGUAAGGGAGUACUUUAACCUUGCCUAGUGGGUUUUUGUGCCCUUUUUUAUUUUACUGUUUUCUUGGUUAGAAACCCACUGUUGACGUCUAAAAGGUGCUUUAAAAUAAAAUGUCUAUAAAGAUUGUGCAGUAAGAAUUUUUAUUUCUUUUUUGACUAUUUUGGGUCCCUAAUUUAUCCUAUAAAUGAAAAAAAGAAAAGGUGCAAAACUUUAAAUUUUAAAAAUUAAUAUUAAUACGGAAAUACAUUUAAAGAAGCCCAGUAAUGAUUUUCAUUGUCAGAUUUUUGAAGGAAAAAAAAAACACACACAAAACUCUCUGCUUAACAAGGAUAAGCUUUUUCUAGGAAACAGGGAUUCCCAGCUCUCCUUUUCACCCCAAUAAAAUGGUAUCUGCUCUAUUUUGUAAA